UGCAGACUGCUUCUACAAACCUUUUUGAAAGAAUGGGUCACUCUCAGGAGCUCAGUAAAUUCAAGCGUGGUACCGUGAUAAGUUGCCACCUGUGCGAUAAGUCCAUCCAUGAACUUUCCUUGCUACUAAAUAUUACACGGUCACCUGUUAGUGGUAUUGUACAAAAGUGGAAGCAACUGGGAACAACAGCAACUCAGCCACAAAGUGGUAGGCCACAUAAAAUGGCAAAACGGGGUCAGCACAUGCUGAAGUGCACAGGAUUGGACUUGGCCCCUUAGUAGCAGUGAAGGGAACUCUUAAGGUGUCAGUAUACCAAGGCAUUUUGGACAAUUGCAUG